AUGGCAUACUUAGAUGAAAUAAGAGAAGCCCAAAGAGGCCGUGGUACAGCAACCAUUCUAGCUAUUGGUACCGCAAAUCCAUCAAACUGCAUUUACCAAUCUGAUUUUACAGAUUAUUACUUCCGAGUUACCAACAGCGAUCACAUGCCUCAACUUAAGAACAAAUUGAAACGUCUAUGUGAAAAUUCAAUGAUAAAGAAACGUUACAUGCACUUGACAGAAGAAAUGCUGAAAGAAAACCCAAACAUAUCAACUUAUGACAAACCAUCCCUCGACGCACGCCAAGAUAUAUCAGUUGCACAAUUACCAAAGCUAGGGGAAGAAGCUGCAUCAAAAGCCAUAAGAGAAUGGGGAAAACCAAAAUCUGAGAUAACUAUCUCAUAUUCUGUACAACUUCUGGCGUUGACAUGCCUGGUGCUGAUUAUCAACUCAUCAAACUCUUGA